GUAAGGUUACAUUAAAAUAGUUGGCAACACCAUAAAUAAUUACAACACUGCACUUUUGAAAGCGCAAAAAAUUAAAAACGCCAUUAUUAUUGAAGAAAACAAGCCGAAAAGUUGUGACCUGUGUGAAAGACUAAAAUAAAUUGGGGAUAAAUUAUUUUAUUAUUUGAAAGAAAGAACUAUAAUUUUAGUUAAGACAAAAUGUCCCAGUUUAAUUUUUUCAAUGAAAUUAAUAGUGCGCUUACCAUGGAUGGCGAGAUAACUCGUGGUCCUGCUCCAAGAUGGCAAAAGAAAUUGGAAGCCUCCACUGCCAGCUUAAAUGGCAGCAUAAAUGCUACACGUUCUGUUUUGUCAGUCUCCUAUAAUACCAGUUUUUCUGGUGUAAAUCCUCCAACAAAAACUCCAGGCAAAAAUGCCGAUGGUAAAAGUAAAAAGACGCCAACACCCAAUAAAGGUUCUAAGACACCAGGCGGAGGUGAUCGUUUCAUACCAAAUCGUGGUACUACAAAUUUUGAAUUGGGUCAUUAUCUGAUAAAGCAAGAACAGGAUAAAUCCGAAAAUGACGAAGAGAAUGAAAGUAACUCCAACAAUGCCAAUAAAAUGACACCAGCCAAAGCUGAGAGACAAAAGUUAAUAUCGGAUUCCAUGCAAGUAGCUGAUGGCAAGACAACUCGUAUUUUAUCUUACCAAAAUAAGGCACCAGCGGCCCCGGAGUCGCAUGUCAAUCCACUUAAGGUGGUUUAUUCCAUCAAAACGCCCAUAUCGACUAAAAGUGGUUCACGUUAUAUACCUACCACAUCGGAUCGUAUUUUAGAUGCUCCGGAUAUUAUUAAUGAUUAUUAUUUAAAUCUUUUGGAUUGGAGCGCAGACAACAUUGUAACUGUGGCUUUGGGAAAUGCUGUCUAUCUUUGGAAUGCUGUUACUGGUAACAUUGAGCAGUUGGUUGAAUAUGAGGAAGGUGAUCAUGCUUGUGCUUUAGCUUGGAUUCAGGAAGGGCAAAUCUUGGCCAUUGGUAAUAAUACCGGUGCUGUUGAACUAUGGGAUUGUUCUAAAAUUAAACGUUUACGUGUUAUGGAUGGACAUUCGGCACGUGUGGGUUCGUUAGCUUGGAAUUCAUUUUUAGUUUCUUCUGGCAGUCGUGAUGGCACCAUUAUACAUCAUGACGUCAGAGCCCGGGAACAUAAAGUCGGUAAUUUGGCGGGUCACACUCAGGAGGUGUGUGGGCUUAAGUGGUCUACCGAUUUUAAAUACUUGGCCAGUGGUGGCAAUGACAAUUUGGUAAAUGUUUGGUCUGCUACUAGUGGAAGUGGUGUUGGUACUGGCAAUGAGCCUUUACAUGUUCUCAACCAGCAUCAGGCGGCAGUACGUGCUUUGGCCUGGUGUCCAUGGCAACCUAAUGUGCUAGCAUCAGGAGGCGGUACAGCUGAUAGAUGCAUAAAGUUUUGGAAUAUUAAUAAUGGUUCGUUAAUUAAUUCGGUGGAUUCAAAGUCACAGGUAUGUGCUUUACUGUGGUCACGCAACUUUAAAGAACUUAUUUCGGCUCAUGGUUUUGCCAAUAACCAACUUACAAUAUGGAAAUAUCCCUCGAUGGUUAAACAAGCUGAACUUACUGGCCACACCUCUAGAGUUUUACAAAUGGCCUUGUCUCCCGAUGGCAGUACGGUUAUCAGUGCUGGUGCCGAUGAGACUCUACGUUUAUGGAAUUGUUUUGCACCAGAUCCUCAUACCGCGAAAAAGUCCAGUUCAGUUACUAGUAAAGCCAAACAAAGUGUAUUUCGUCAGAGUAUACGUUAAUUAAACGUUUAAAAUCCUUAACUAUAGUCAAUUUAU